AUGUGUGGGAUUCUAGGUAUUGCAUUAGCAGAUCAAUCAAGCAAAGUGGCCCCCGAAUUGUGUGAUGGGUGUAUCUUUCUACAACAUAGAGGUCAAGAUGCUGCUGGGAUAGCUACUUGUGGUUCUCGUGGUAGAAUCUACCAAUGUAAAGGUAACGGUAUGGCUCGUGAUGUUUUCACCGCACCUCGAGUUCAUGGCCUGGUUGGGUCGAUGGGUAUUGCCCAUUUGAGAUACCCUACGGCCGGAUCUUCUGCCAACUCAGAAGCUCAACCAUUUUAUGUCAAUAGUCCCUAUGGUAUCAACUUGGCCCAUAAUGGUAAUUUGGUCAACACUGUGUCUUUGGAAAGAUACAUGGAUGAAGAUGUUCAUAGACAUAUUAAUACUGAUAGUGAUUCUGAAUUGUUGUUGAACAUCUUUGCCGCAGAAUUGGAAAAGCAUAACAAGUAUAGGGUUAACAAUGAAGAUGUGUUCCUUGCUUUGGAAGGUGUCUACCGUUUAUGUCGUGGUGGAUACGCAUGUGUUGGUAUGUUAGCUGGGUUUGCCCUUUUUGGGUUUAGAGAUCCUAAUGGUAUCAGACCAUUAUUAUUCGGUGAAAGGGAGAAUGCUGAUGGUACCAAGGAUUACAUGUUAGCCUCAGAAAGUGUGGUAUUAAAGGCUCAUAAUUUCACUAAAUUCCGUGAUUUGAAACCUGGUGAAGCUGUCAUUAUUCCAAAGGAUUGUGGUACCACUGAACCUGAAUUUAGACAAGUGGUCCCAAUGAAUUCUUAUAGACCAGAUCUUUUCGAAUAUGUUUAUUUCGCUAGACCAGAUAGUGUUCUUGAUGGGAUCUCUGUGUAUCAUACGAGAUUAGCCAUGGGUGUGAAAUUAGCUGAAAAUAUCAAAAAGCAUUUGAAUCCUGAUGAUAUUGACGUGGUUAUUCCCGUUCCUGAUACUGCCAGAACGUGCGCUCUCCAAUGUGCAAAUGCCUUGGGGAAGACAUACCGUGAAGGGUUUGUUAAGAAUAGGUAUGUUGGGAGAACUUUCAUCAUGCCCAAUCAAAAAGAACGUAUAUCAUCAGUGAGAAGGAAGUUGAAUCCCAUGGAAUCGGAAUUUAAGGAUAAGAACGUGUUAAUUGUAGAUGAUUCUAUCGUGAGAGGUACCACAUCAAGAGAGAUCGUACAAAUGGCCAGGGAAUCAGGUGCCACCAAGGUCUACUUUGCAUCCGCAGCACCGCCUAUCCGUUACAAUCAUAUCUACGGUAUUGAUUUAACAGAUACUAAGAACUUGAUUGCAUAUAAUAGAUCCGAGGAGGAAAUUGCAGAGGCCAUCGGCUGUGACCAAGUGAUAUAUCAGACACUGGAGGACUUGAUUGAUUGUUGUAAGACAAAGAAUGUGGACAAGUUUGAAAUCGGUGUGUUCACUGGUAAUUACGUUACUGGUGUGGAAGACGGCUACUUGCAGGAGUUAGAGAAGGUGCGUGAGAGAAACAGAAGCAGAGGACUUAUAGAUAUCAAGGCGGAGGUCGACAUUGGUUUGUACAACUGUGCAGACUACUGA